AUGCCUUUGACUCUUCACCACAUGGGCCUCUCUCAAUCCGAGCGUAUAAUCUGGCUCGCAGAGGAGCUUGGCAUUGACUAUCAGCUUGUUUUGCACAAGCGAGACCCUGUCUUCUCCCCACAGUCCAUCAAAGAUCUCCAUCCGGCCGGCACGGCCCCUGUCAUGGAAGAUGAUCCGUCUCCAGUGACAAACUCAAGGGUGGUCCUCGCGGAAUCGGGCGCCAUCACAGACUACCUCAUCGCCGUAUACGGCAACGGGCGCCUAGCCCGUACGCCCAAAGAUGGUACCGACUACCCCAGCUACCUUGACUGGUAUCAUUUUGCCAACGGUAGCCUUCAACCCGCUCUAUUCCGGGUUCUAAUGACUCGUGGGCCAUCGACUGACCCGAACUCCCCAAUCGUGAAGCGCACAUUAGACAAAUGGCAUCAUCAUCUGUCGAUGCUUGAAAGCCGAUUGGCCGAGACGGGGGCGUAUCUUGCUGGCAAGGAACUCACCGCCGCGGAUGUCAUGAUCACCUUUACAUUGACCACAAUGCGCGGCUUCUGUCCCGUAGACUUUGAUACAGAGAAGAACAAACAUCUUCUGGCAUAUCUGAAACGGAUUGGAGAGCGACCAGCUUACCAGAAAGCGAUGAGAAUUUGCGAGGGCGAUGACUUUGUGCCUUUGAUCGGGGCCAAGUCUGAGCAGUUUUCGUUGAUGAAGCGAUGA